ACUUGUUCUUCAUGCACAUCUCUCCUUCUACGUCCCCCUCUUUGUAGUGUCUCCGGGUUUUCGACUAUCAGGGUUGUUCUUAAGGUGAAAAAAUGGGGCUAAGGGGGAAAUUGGCUGCUGAAAUAGAGAUAAAAUCUUCAGCCGAAGCUUACUUCAAACGUCUGAAGGACGAACUUCACCAUCUCCCUGAUGCUGCCUCUGGUGUGCACGGAGUUGAAGUCCAUGAAGGCGACUUUAAAACUCAUGGCUCCGUCAAGUCCUGGACUUACACUCUUGGUAACGAGGAAGUUCUUUGGACCUCCGGGGCACUGGACCUCCCCCAUACUGUGUUAUGGCUGUCCGAUCCAUCAUAUGGAAGGACAGAGAUUUUCAAAGAGAGGUUCGAAAUAGAUGAGAGGGACAUGACGGUGUCAAUGGUGGCCGUGGAUGGGCAUAUCCUCCAGCGGUACAAGAGCUACAAGGUCAUAUACAAGGUCAUCCCGAAGACCGGCACUGAGCCUGCGGCGGUGAGAGUUACCCUUGAUUAUGAAAAACAUAAGGAGAUUGAUGCUGAUCCGCACAAGGAGAUGGAAUUCAUGAUCUCUAUGAUGAAAGAUAUCGACAAGCACCUCCUAGGCCAGUAAUAAUAUAUAAGAGAAGCAAAUGACCUGGGCGUGGCUAAGUAAGGUCGAGUUUCUCGUCCAUGGAUAUGGCAAAAUGCGUGUGUUUGAAAUAAUUUGCCAAUUGCUAUUUCCAUUUCAUAUCGGUAUGAUGGUUGCUAUGUACUUCUAGCCCAAAAGCAAAUAAAUGUUGGAUCUGUGCAGCAUCGAUCAGUGAUAAUAAAGUAAUGCUUAUUAAUCUUUAAGAUGGA